AAAUAUUAACGUUCUAGCUCAAAAUCUACACCAUUUUAACUCAACAAAAUGUCCAAGCAAAAGUCAACCCCAAAGGCUGAAGAAGUCGAUUUAACGGAGCCCCAGUUAAUAAAGAAAGAAAUAGACGAGCUACCAAAAGACCCUAGCGAAGCAGAGGGUAUAAUCCGCGAAGUUGAUGAGAUGAUCAAGAGUCUACCUGAAGAAACAAAGGACAAGAAAAAGCUCGAAUACAGUCUAAAGAAAGCGGCUCUACUUGGGUUAAGUAAAGACCUUCAAAAAGUCAUGAGCUCCAAUGGUCUAGCACUUGAAGGUCUAACGUUGGUUCGAGAAUAUCUGACCACUAAACUAGACUUGGCRAGGUUUUUGGUCAACACUACCGAUGACAAAGUACCAGAGGCCAUGAAGAUGAUCAAAAGAAAACUUGGRCCAAAGCUCGAAGUUCUUGGUGAGYUGGCRAACAGAGGGUACGACCAAUCAGACGYGCGYGUCCAGAAGCUUGUUGAACUCGCUCCCUCCCUCCACGAGCUUGGAAAAGUUGUAAAAAGCACUAAGAAACUACGCGAAUUGAAGUUUGACGUYGAAGAGCGAAAGGAGAUACACAAYCUUGCAAAAGCGGACAGCUCGGUCGAUGGUGGAAACCCUGCUUCCAARARGAAAAAAGAGGAAAGRAAAGAAAAACUUGAAAAAGCGAAGGAGCUGAUGAAUCAAGCCAAAARACUUGCAUCGGAAAAUCUUGAAAAAAAUCGAAAAGAGCUGGAUGAGAAGAUCAAAGARAUCAAGAAACUGGUUGAGCUUCCAUCAGACUGGAAUAGCAUAGAAAAAGAUUUGCCCGAACAAAUGCUYGAGAAGCUUAAGAMCAARAUUCAAGAACUAGAUGAGUUUAAAGAAUCUAUCCCCAGCUAUGACAGUGUAGAAGAAAUCGUUGCUAAUGCUAGUGGAGGGCUUGCACUGAAAGGAAUYUACUUUUCCAAAUGGGAAAAGCCCCAAACUUCAAAUGUCCCAAUCUUGAAGCCACCACAAAAGGUAGAAAGUUGGAACACACAGUCACCUUACGAGACGGGCUUUCGCCAAUUUUCAGAAGGACAUUCUGCAGAAAUGUUUUCCAAAGAAGUCGAAAGUUCUGGCUUUACCCAUGCAGACGUUGUWUGUGGAUUUUGUCUUACAUUCGCAGCAGCAGCGAGCGGUACUUAUGGAACCCAAACAUCAGACGAAAGUGAGAUGUCAGUCAAGACCACCACUACRAGUGUCUCAGCAACGAACUUUUGCCGCUCUGCGAUGAAAAGUUUCGCUGUCCCAAGAAGUUGUCUUCACCCCACUGAGCAAGCAUGUAAUAUGGCUUUGAGUAUCACAGAAAGAGCAGACGACAAGAAGAUAAUGAAAGAAGAGAUCAGAAGAUUUUUCAAAAUUUACGGCAGCCAUGUACCUUACGGCGUUCACCAGCUUGGAGGGUUAUUCUUUACAAUGAGUACAGCGACGUCUGAAAAAGAAGUUGAUACUACUAAACUAAUGCAUCUUAACGCUACAAAGUUGACUACGCAGGUGUCUGCUGGUUUCUUUGGUGGUGCGUGGGGAGUUGGAGGAAGUGAUAUGCACGAGUACAGCUCCUCGAAGGCUUCCAGCGAAGGAUCACAAAUUGAAAACGAGAGCGUCCAUUAUGCAUUCAGUGUGAAAUCCAUUGGUCCACACGCAGACAAUCCUGCAUCUUUUAAGAAGGCUCUUUCCACCAACAAUGCCACAUGGGCCAUAUUAGAUCGUGGUGACACGGCUAUUAAUGUUCCUGUAUGGGAACUACUACGUGAAGAGGGCCAAAAGUACCAUCUCGUUGCAAAACUGAUGGAGGAGACAUGGAUUGAAGACGAAGAAAUGARACGAGAUCGCAGCGAAGUGAAGAAGACGAUGAACAGCCUCUUACGCAUGGUUGAAUCAGGCCGUACCAGUCCCCAAGGAUCAUUUCCGYUGAAAGCCAAAGUAAUAAAGGGUGGUACAAUGAAAAUGUAUACUUCCGCACAAAAGAUGAAAGACGCUUUCGCCAAAGCUAGCGAUUUUAUAUGCCAAGACCCUGAGAAYAACGUUUGCGAGGUCCAUGAAGAUGGACCGCUGUUUAUUUUGACGGGAUUUAAAGCUGAUCCAGUGGUCCAGUAUGAACGAACAAGUGAUGGCCGCUAUCUACUGUACCACGUGGGCUACAUAAACCCUGGAAGUAACACCCUUGAGAAAAAACUAAUUUGCCCACAAGACUAUGUCAAGUUUGCUAUUAUUAAGCGGUGACCAACAACUGGGCAAAUUGCAGAUCAAGAGAGUUACAAUUUUGUUUUAACAACAUUGACAUUGACUAUCAAUUUAAGGGUUUACUGUUUACAAGUAAUCACUCGAUCAUUAUAUGUUUUACCUUGAAUUGUUUUUUUAAAUACUGAAUUAGACAAUAAAAUUAUAUAUCUUU